CUGCUGCUUAGCUUCUUUUUUCUUCUUCUCCCUCUCUUUCUGGUUUUGUAUUUUAGGCAAUUUCUCUUGUUGUAACCACCUUUGAAACAUAGUGCUAUAGCCAUACCGCCAUAUAUUCAAUUUUUUUUCCUAAAGCUUCCCCUUUUCUUUUCCACUACUUUAAUCAUUGAUGUUGGAUAAGUUUGGCUGUGAUUUGUUUGGGUAUCAGACAGGCAGCUCCAUAACGUAGGAUGCAGCAGGCAGCUCCAUGAUGCAUUUAGUUGAUUAAACUAGUUAAAGUAUGCGAGUAAAUCUUUCUUUUCCUAAAGGGUGAAGAUAUUGUAAUCUUCUUCUUCUUCUUUCCUUCUCUCACUUUUAUUUCCUUUCUAGGGUGGUUGAACUCCUGCCGAACAUAUUAAUCCUAUUGGCUUCAAAGUUUUGACUAGAUCUAAUUUUACGUCUAAUCAUGCUGAGCAUAUUAAAAUUACAUAUAUGAUUGGUUUCAAGACUUCAAAAGUAGACUUGAGCUUAAUUCACAAUGAAUUGAUUUUGCUCAAACAAUCUUUGUAGGAAACUACUUAGUGUCAUGGGGGCAUGUGCAUCAAAACCAAAUUAUAGAUCCAGAAGGAGGUGGGGUUCUCACUGGUACAGAAGAUCCCAAGGAAUGAUUUCGGCUUCGAUUCCUGAUGCCACUAAAGCUCAGAUUCGGGGUGAUGAGCAACACUCUGUGGAACUUGAGAACUCUUCUGCAACCUAUGGAAAAUCUGAGGUCUCUAAUAUGAUAGUCCAUCUCACUCAGUUGAAUGGUAAUGUGAUGUGCCAGGAAGAUGCAUGGUUUGAUUCUGUCAGUAUCUUGGAAUCUGAUUCUGAUGAUGAUUUCUUAAGUGUCUAUGGAGACUGCAUUCCCUCGGCAAAUGCAGUAGGGACUCAGACAUUGCAGUAUGAAACUGCUUCAUGCUUUAUGGAUGCCUUGGCUAAGUUGGAGGAUGCUAAUCCUAGCACUCCAUUGACAAUGCCACCUGAAAAACAUUUCAAAAUAGAAAGUCCAAAUGAUAGGGUUCUGUGCAACUGUGAUCCACAUGGUGGUUCACAUAGAACACAAGGAACAGACAUUUACACCAAAAAUAAAACAAAUUUAAGUGAUUCACAUGGUAGUUUCAAAGGUUCCAAGGAAGUGCAUGAGAUGGAUGACAAAUCUCAUGUCAACAAAGCAUCGUCGCAUAUCUGCAAAUUGGUUCCUUCUGUUUGUUUUAAUAACAGAAUUCAGCAGAUGCCAAAUGGUAGCCCGCCAAGUCAAAAUAAAAGAUCCUCAGUUAUCAAGCUUUCGUAUAAAAGAAAGUCAUAUGAUGGAGAAGACAUUACUGAGUUCUGUGCAUCAAACAAAUUUGUUUAUCGCCCAAAAGGAGGAGCGGUUAUUCCAUGUUCUUCAAGGGAAAAAUCAAUGCUCGGAUGCUGGUCCUACCUUGAACCAUCUACCUUUAAACUUCGUGGGCAAAAUUAUUUCAGAGAUAAGAGGAAGCUUCCUGCACCAAACUAUGCACCAUAUUAUCCAAUCGGUGUAGAUUUGUUUUUAUGUCCGCGAAAGAUACAUCAUAUCGCUCAAUAUAUUGAUCUUCCAUCUGUUAAGUUACAUGACCAAAUUCCCUCACUCUUGAUUGUCAAUAUUCAGAUGCCUACUUACCCGGCUGCAAUGUUUCUCGGUGAUAGUGAUGGGGAAGGAAUGAGCCUUGUAAUGUACUUUAAGAUUUCUGAAUGUUUUGACAAAGAAAUUCCUUCUAGUUUCCAGGAUUUGAUAAAGAGGUUUAUUGAUGAUGAAACUGAAAAGGUUAAAGGAUUUGCGAUGGAUUCAAGCAUUCCUUUUCGAGAGAGAUUGAAAAUAGUGUCUGGUGUGGUUAAUCCUGAGGAUCUUUGCCUAAGUGCAGCAGAAAGGAAGCUUGUUCAAGCUUAUAACGAAAAACCAGUGCUCUCACGCCCUCAGCACAAUUUUUACUUGGGUACGAACUACUUUGAGAUUGAUCUUGAUAUACAUCGGUUUAGCUACAUAUCAAGAAAGGGUCUUGAAGCAUUUCGGGAACGUCUAAAACAUGGAAUCCUUGAUUUGGGCCUCACCAUCCAGGUGCAAAAGCAGGAUGAGCUGCCAGAGCAUGUCCUCUGCUGCUUGAGAUUGCACAAGAUUGAUUUCAUUAAUCAUGGACAGAUACCAACCAUCGUCACACGUGAAGAUGAUUGAUUCAUUCGUCCCCUUGAAGAGACCUUAUGCUAAAGAGCAUAGAACUGAUUGUACCAGAGCAGGGCAAACUCAAUGUCUUCUUUAAUUUGAAGAGUGCCUGCUGAGGAACUGUAAAUUUGACACUCAUGUAGAGAGAGAAAAAAAAGGUUGCAAAGCAUUCUAGGAAUCCAUUCCAAGGUCUACUUUUUUUUUAUCCCAUCGCAUCUAUUUUCUUGGACAACAGCUUAAGCAAAAAAACCUUCUCUGACCACAGGUUUGAUGUCUUUUCCUCCCAAAGUUAGAACAAAAUUGUUUUUACCAGACAAAUCAAAGCUUUGACGUUGGCC